AUGGUCGCCGCGGGAGGCGAACACACGGCGCUGCUCAGGAGCGACGGCACGGCCGUGGCCUUCGGCGCGAAUCGCGACGGCCAGUGCAACGUGCCGGCGCUGGACGGUGGCCUGAGAGCGACGGCACGGCCGUGGGUUUUCUUCGCGAAUCGCGGCGGCCAGUGCAACGUGCCGGCGCUGGACGGUGGCCUGAGCUACACGCAGGUCGCCGGGGUAUACGAACACACGGCGCUGCUCAGGAGCGACGGCACGGCCGUGGCCUCCGGCUGGAAUCACGACGGCCAGUGCAACGUGCCGGCGCUGGACGGUGGCCUGAGCUACACGCAGGUCGCCGCGGGAUGCUUCAACACGGCGCUGCUCAGGAGCGACGGCACGGCCGUGGCCUUCGGCGCGAAUGACGCCGGCCAGUGCAACGUGCCGGCGCUGGACGGUGGCCUGAGCUACACGCAGGUCGCCGUGGGAGGCGUCCACACGGUCGCCGCGGGAGACAGACACACGGCGCUGCUCAGGAGCGACGGCACGGCCGUGGCUUUCGGCGCGAAUGACGCCGGCCAGUGCAACGUGCCGGCGCUGGACGGUGGCCUGAGCUACACGCAGGUCGCCGGGGGAUUUGAACACGCGGCGCUGCUCAGGAGCGACGGCACGGCCGUGGUUUUCGGCUGGAAUCUCUCCGGCCAGUGCAACGUGCCGGCGCUUGACGGUGGCCUGACGUACACCGCGCGCCUGCUCGUCGGCGCGACGCUGCUCCUGCAGGCGUCGCUCGACGGUGGCGCGGUGCUUGGCAUGGAGGGAACGGGUCCCGAGGGGAACUGGUCCUGGACCCCGGGGCCCAGGCCGUCCCUCGGUGGAGCAGACUUUCAUCCUGAGCCGUUUUCUGACAGCCCUGGGGCGCGCGGGGGGCCUGGGGAGGCGAAAGUCACAGCGGAAAGCUAG